UUUUCAUAUUUCCUCGGAGAAUGCUUUGACAAAAACAAACACCUUGAGAGAGGGAACAAAGAUUGUUCGCACUUAACUGACGAAUGAAUGGGCGGGAACCUCUUGUUGAAAGACUAGUAAACGCAUAGAACUUUUUCAUAUUUUCUCAGAGAAUACUCUGACAAAAACAAGCACGCCUUGAGAGAGGGCACAAAGGAAGAUUGUUAGAGAGAGAAGAAUCAGUCGCAGUGUAUACUGUUAUGGGGUGGUGGACCAAGAGGGAAGAAGCCGAAGCCGUCCACCUUGACGUUCUCUCGAAAGCAAGAAACGCUUGUUAUAAGGCUCGUGAUGCUUUCUAUGCUUGUGUGGAGAAGGAAUCAAGCAAGAACCCAACUGAGAUCGCAUCCGUUGGUCUUCUCUAUCCAGCGCAAUGCAAGCAAUUUAGGGCUAAUUUUGAAAAACAAUGUCGACCCACUUGGGUCAAGCAUUUUGAUCGUCAGUAUUGUGCAAAGAAGAGACUUCAACGGCUACUAGACUCUGAUGAUCAGAAGAAAGGUCCAAUAUCUCUUCCACAACCUUCCACUUUCAAACCCUGAAAAAGAAACAAGCAAAAACACCUCAGAUUUUUUUUUUUCAUAUCAAUAUGUAAAUUCAUGUGAUGGGGCAUGUUUUUUAUCUGUUAUAUGAUUUGUUAUUUUGAGCACGAGUUCCUUUGCAGAACUUAUUACAUAGGUUACGGUGUGUGUGUGUGUGUGUGUGUGAACUGCUGAAAGGUUACUCUAUAAUGAUUCAUUCACUUUCAGCUAGGCUCUGGAUUAGAAGGUUACAUGUCUUUAUACUUUCCUUGAGACACUUGUCCCAUAUCUGCUUGGAUCAUCUGUGAUACUUAUGCAUUC